AUGAUUAAUUUUAUGGUCGGAACUUUCAGUUCUAUGAGUAUUAUUAAGUCUGAUUAGCUAAUUGCUUGCUUAUAUUUAAGCUUUAAGCAUAUAAAUGAAAAAAUAUGGGAAAUUAUUACAAGCAAUUAAAUUAAAGAAUUAAAUAUUGUGGCUUUCUAUAAUUUAUAGACAGAUUUAGUAGCUCUUUUUGAAGUUUGUAAUAAUAAUUAUUAUCAUUGUACAAAUUUGAUGGAAUGCCUAAGGGAGUUAAGAUAACUUUUAGAUUUAUUUUUAUUAAAUAAUCCAUUAGAUUAUUUAGAAGGUAAUAAUAGAUAUACUAAAUAUUCUCAUUUGAAUCCUGAAAAACUUAUUUUUAUUCUUGAAAAAUAUGUUAAACUUAAAACUAAAAACAAAGAUUUACAUAACGUUAGAAAAAGAGAAUGUAAACCAGUUUAUAAAAAACUUAGAGAAGAAUUAGGAUGGAAAAUAAAAUGA